AUGAUGACAGAAAAUAAUGAACUCAUUUAUCAUACAUGUUAUGCCUAUCUAAUACACCAUUUGCCCAUGAAGAAAAAUCUUAAAAUAUUUGAUCGUUCAACAGCUGAAAAUGAAAUUGAAAAGAUUAAAUGUGUAUCACCAGUGCGUUUAUGUCUUGUGUUUACUGAAGAUUGUCUACGUAUAAAACGCUUCGGAAGAAACACAAACCGGUAUAAAUGGCAUACACUAUUUUAUGAACAAAUUCAAUUUUAUUAUUCCACUCAUGAUGAAAAUAAUUUAAUCAUUCUGGGAAUUAUUUCUCCAAGUGGUCGUAAACGUGGUUAUCAAUAUUUAUAUGUUGAAAACAAGGAUGAUCUGCAGAAGGUAGAAGAGACCCUUCAUCAGAUAGCUGAACAUCGUUUACAGAUACUAAAACAAGUCCCAGAGAUAAGUCAGAUUAAUAUCAACAACUCGAAUAAUGAAUGA